GGAGCCUCCGCCCUCCUUCACCCGCCGCCCAACCACCCUCCGCCCCUCGAGUGGGCCGCCGACCCCGCUCGACGCCGAGGCUCGAAGUUGCGUCGCCUUCAGUUGUCCUUCGUUCGCUUUACUCCCUGCUCAGAUAAAAUGAAAAGGGCUAAGCCAUGGAGUGACCAGGUGGAUGUAAUAUCAUCCGAUGGAUCUUCUUCCUUGGAUUCUGAGAUGGAGGCUACUGAUGAAUCUCGUGGCAAGUUCCCUGCAAUUGCUGUUCCAGUAGAACGUAAUUUCGAAGGUGCGACAUCUGAAGGUGACUUGAUCAAAAGGGCAGAAAUGUACCAGCAGUACAUGAACCAGAUCUCAGUACCCACCGGCCGUGGCUCCGUGAUUCCAUUUACUACCUGGAUGGGAUUAGGCAAAUCGGUCAAGCAACUGUAUGGACAACCAUUGCAUUACCUCACAAAUGCCCUCCUUAAGCAGUGGGACCAAGAGAGAAUCGGCUCGGGGGCUGAAGAUGUGCCACUCGACAUGAUCAUCCAUCCUGCUAAAGCCGAAGCAAUGAUUUGGCUUGUUGAAGAAAUUCACCGGCGCACAUCAUCUCACUAUUACAUUGCUAAGCUGUGGAAGUCAGAUCCGCUGUACCAUACCUUUGUUGAUUCUGUUUUCCCAGAAUUAUGAACCUCAUGCUCACAGACCCAUUUUCCCGCCCUUUUGCUUACCCAAUAAUCCUAGACUGUUGUACUGCUUUCCUUGUCUAUAGCUUAAUCAUUGAACUGCACCCUUUCGAGUCUUUGAAAAGUCUGGUGUACCGAUAUUUUUGAGGAUGCUCCUUUUGUGUUUUAGUUAAUGCAGUUGGAGGCGGAACCAGAUGGAUGUGUAUAAAUAAGUCCUCUUCUUUUCUGUUCA